AUGUCUUUCCCCGUCGGACCCGGACGGGCCGGGACGGCGCUGCCGGCGCUGCGCUCGCCGGAGCGAGCUGUCUCGCGCGCUGAGGGCGAGAAGCAGCCGCUGCUACCGCCGAUUGCCCACGCACCUCGCGCGACGUACUCGGCGCCGCGCUCCCGAUUCAACGCCGCUGUCCGCUGGCUCCUCCAGGCCAUUCUCCACACACCGGAGCUGAACGACGUGGCCGCGCCGCAUCUUGGCGCGCUCCGCACCGGCCUCCUUGUGGCUUCGUCCGACGACGCCGGGCGCAACGCCGAGAGCCAGAACCUGCUGCGGUCGGGCGUGGCCUACCGGCUGGGCAUGCUCGCGCUGUUUGAUGAAGACUUGCUAGUUGACGACGGCCGCGCGAGCGGUGCGCCCGGCGAGCCCGUCCCCGAGCACGCCGUCGUUGUCCACCGUGCUCUGUUGCGUGCCAUCUACGAGCGCGGCGGCGAGGCCGAGUCGCUCGACCCGCACAUCCUUGCCUCAAACAAGCCGUUCUCGCGGUCGGCGCACUCAGCGCUUCUUGCAUCGCUCAUGGUGCUCUACGUCGAAGCUGUCCUCGACCUUGACGCCGUAGUGGACCACGUGCGGACGGUGACGGCCACCUUUGAUCCCAUAUCCGAGGUCCCGUACUCGGCCGAGCAAGCUGUCCUCAUGUGGCUGUCCAAGGCGGCGGCGGCGGCGGCGGAGCACACAGCGUCGCUGGCGGCGAGCUCGGCAUCUCUGCCGCAGCCAAUCGCGCCUCCUGCGCCUGUCCGCAACGCGUCAACCGACCUCGCCGACGGCAAGGUCCUCAGCCUCGCCCUGGCCUACUACACGCCGACAGUGGUGCCGGUGUGGAACGUGGCUACCGGAUUGGAGCUGAGCCUCUCGGACGCUUUUGCCAACCUCGAGCUCGUGCGUCAAGGCGCCGAUGCGCUCGGCGUGGCUCUCCCGUUUGCACCCGAGGACAUUGUCUACGCCGACGAGGCGCUCGAGCCGCUCAUCAUGGUCUGGCUGGUCGAUGUCUUUGAGGCGGCGGCGGCUCUCGACCCGCGGUCGCGACUCUCGUACAUCUCGCGGGCGGCGGCGUCACGGACCGGCAGCUCGGUGCGGCUGACGUCCGAGCUCGACGCGCUCGGCUCAGCAACAGCCGUGGUCGUGCCGUCGCGGCGCGGCCCGCGGAUUACCCCGCUCGCCCACGUCGACGACGGCAUGGACGACUUUGAGCUGCUGGAGCAGCAGCUGGCUUCCGGCGCUGAGCUGGAUGCAAGCGCCGCCGACGACAGCGAGGGCCAGCUCUCACCCGAGGACGCCCAGCUGCUGGUCAACACCAAGCACAACAUGUAUGCUCUCGAGCCCGAGCCGGUCGACGCCGUCGACUGGAGUGCGUCUGAGGACGGCACAGCCACCCCAAGCGAGCGCGAGCCACGAGUCCGCUUUGUCGACGCGCCGCCGUCGCCCGGCCCGGCGCCGCGCGCAGAGUCGCUGGCUCCGACAGAGCUGCCACCGCUCCAGCGCUCGCCGUCCCCCAAAUUGCCACUCCAGCGCUCGCCGUCACCCAGUACCUCUUCGCCGCCACUGGCUACGUCGACGCCACUGGGCAAGACUGCAGCCGAGGGCAACGAGCACGGCAGCGACGCCGACGAGGCCUGGACACCACGGCCGACGUCUGCGUCGUCGACGUCGUCGCGGUCAUCGCUCACGCUGCUCGACGUGGUCGAGGCGCGCCGCGCGGCGUCGCCGGUGCCCGGCCGGCUGCGAACGCCACUUUACUCGCCGCAUGCACCGCCGACGUCUCGCCUCGCCGAUGAGCGCUCGCCACACGGCUCGCUAGACUUGACCGAUGAGGGGCCGUCGUCUGACACCGCAGCUGACGCCGAGUCGGCACCGAGCCCAGCGACACCAGCAUCGUCGUUUGCUGCCCCACUGUCGCUCCCAGGCGGGUAUGCGUCGUCGAGCUCAUCGUCGGAUGGUGGCGAGCGGCCGUACAGCCCCGACGGGCCGCGUGGCCACUACGACGACCCGUUUGAUGCCGAGACGCCACGGACGCCGCUUGAGCGGCCGACGACCGCUCCGUCAGGCUCCCCAAGCCAGAACCAGAGCCAGACGGCUCGGCUUGCGGCGCUGGAGCGGGAGCGAAAGCUGAUGCGGAUCGAGCUGGAGCGACAGCGACGUGAGAUUGACGAGGCGCGGGCAGCCAAGAAGUUGCAGCGGACGGCUGCACGCAAGCAGGCCGGGCGCCGAGCUGUCUUUGCACACCGCGAGAGCGCAGCGGGGCAGUCGCGGUCGCCGCUGCAGGCAGCCGCCCUGCCUGUAGCGUCACCUCAACCCGAGCCCGAGCCCGAGCCGGAGUCGCCGGCGCCACCGACUGCCGCCGAGCUGGAGAUCGAGCGGCUGCGCCGCGAAGUCGAGGAGCUCAAGGCCGAGCAGCAGCGACUGCAGGUUGAGCAACUACAGAAGGAAGUAGCCUCGCUGCGGGAGCAGGUCUCGAACGCGUCGCAAUUGUCGAUGUUCUCGUACGCGGCGUCGACAAUUGCGUCGCCGCCAGACACCGGACUUGUCGAGUCGAUGCUCUCGGAGCCGGAGCCGUCGUCGCUUCCGCCGUGGUUUCUGGCUCGCGGAAACGAGCGGUCGAUGACGGCCGGCCUCCCGCCGCCACCGCCGCCGCUGGUGGGCACAGGUGCGGCGAUAACACCGCCAGUGCCGCAUCGCGCACCGCCAGUCGACCGACCCGCCGAGGCGUCCCAACGCCCCGAGCCAGUGGCAGCCGAGCCGAACGCGACGGUGCUGGACCUGGCGUCAGACUCGGGAUCAGACAACGGCGAGUGCGUCGGCGACGAGCAGCAUGCGAGUAUUGCCCCUCCCGAGUCGCCGCCGCGCAAGGCCGAGGCGUUUGUGGUUGCAGACGAGGCGGACAACGAGGAGGCGUUACAGGCGCGGCUUGCUGCCAAGCGCGCGGCGAUGGAGCGGAAGCGCGAGUCGUUUCUGCGUAAGCGCGAGGCGCGUCGGGUGCGGCGUGAGACGAAAGCGGCAGCCAAGGCCGAGGCGGCGGCGCGGGCCAAGGCGGCCGCCGAAGCGGCAGCCAAGGCCGAGGCAGCGGCAGCGAGCGCCAAAGCGGCGGCGGCGACUCGGCUGGAGGCGCGGCGUGCGGCGCGAACCCGGACGACGGCGCCUAUUGUAGCGCAGGAUCUGAGCGCGCCGCUGCGCGUGGAGCCGGCGCCACUGUCGAAUGCGAAAAAGGUGCGCAACGCUAUUGUAUCGCGACUGCUCGCAGGAUACUCGUCGGCGCCACAGUGCCAGGCGGUGCUGGCGGCGAUGGACAAGGCACGCGACGAGUACACCAGCUACUUGCUGCUUGUGGUGCAGCACCCGCACAUCUCGUUCCGGGCGCUGUACGGCUACGACGUGGCAACCGGGCGGGUAGACAAGAUUGUGGGCAAGGGGCCGGCGUCGCUGACCAACUUUAAGCACAUCGGCGGGUUCUUCAAGUACGAGACCGGCUCGCGGUCGUUUGUGCAGCUGCGGACCAAGCACCUCGCGCCGACGGUGGAUGCUGUUGUUAUCCAUCCCGACUACCUGCGCAAGCGUAAGCAGGCGCGGAUGUUUGCAGCGGCCGGCAGGAGCAGCGGAGCGCAAGCGGGCGCCGGCCAGACGGGCAAGUGGUGGCACGCCAUCUUGUACUGGGUUCUGGACGCCGCGUACGUGCUCUACGCUGACGCCAUCUUGUACUGGGUUCUGGACGCCGCGUACGUGCUCUACGCUGACGCGAGCCCACGCCCUGCCAUGACUCGCGUGGCUUUUCUCUACGACAUCAUCGACGCCCUCGCCGCCAGCGCCGCGCCGUCGCACAAGCGGAAGCGCACCUCUGCAGCAGCCGGAAGCUUCAUGGUAAGCGAUCGCGGCCGCGGACCUUUUGCGCCGCGUGCAGCGUCCAUCUCUGCAUCCAGCCAUUAA